UCCCUCUGUCCCCGCGGUCUGAGCGCGGCUGCUGCUCCGCGGGGAAGAUGGCGGCGCUUGUUUCCCUCACUCAGCUCUCCAGUGGAAAUCCCGUGUACGAGACUUAUUACCGUCAGGUGGAUCCAGCUCAUACAGGAAAGGUUGGGCCAAAUGAAGCAGCAUUGUUCCUGAAGAAGUCUGGUCUCUCUGACGUUACCUUAGGAAAGAUUUGGGAUUUGGCAGACCCUGAGGGCAAGGGCUACCUAGAUAAACAGGGCUUUUAUGUGGCUUUACGCCUGGUAGCGUGUGCACAGAAUGGCCAUGAUGUUAGCCUGAGCAGUCUAAAUGUGACAUUGCCACCACCCAAAUUUCAUGACAGCAGUAGUCCCUCACUGAUAGCACCUCCUCCCUCCUCAGACACGCAGUGGGCUGUAAGGCCUGAAGAGAGAGCCAAAUUUGAUGGAAUUUUUGAAAGUUUGACUCCAGUAAAUGGUCUCCUCUCGGGUGAUAAGGUCAAACCUGUGUUGAUAAAUUCAAACUUACCGCUGGAUGUCUUGGGAAGGGUUUGGGAUCUGAGUGAUGUUGAUAAGGAUGGCCACCUGGAUAGAGAUGAGUUUGCUGUGGCGAUGCAUCUCGUUUAUAGAGCUUUGGAAAAAGAGCCAGUUCCGUCUGUUUUGCCAAUUUCACUUCUGCCACCGUCCAAGAGAAAGAAACAAGGACCAACACUCGCUGGCUCUGUACCAGUGCUACCUGCCAGCCCUCCACCGAAAGAUAGCCUGCGAUCUACUCCUUCACAUGGCAGUAUUAACAGCCUAAAUAGUGCUGGUAGCAUCUCUCCAAAACACAUUAAACAGCCAGUUAACUGGGUUGUGCCAUCAAAUGACAAAAUGCGAUAUGAUGACAUCUUCCUCAAAAUAGAUUUAGAUAUGGAUGGGUAUGUCAGUGGCUUGGAAGUCAAAGAUAUCUUCAUGCAAUCGGCACUUCAUCAGAACAUCCUGGCUCAUAUAUGGGCACUGGCCGACACAAAACAGAUAGGGAAACUGAACAGGGAACAGUUUGCUUUAGCAAUGUAUCUGAUUCAACAGAAGGUCAGCAAAGGAAUUGACCCUCCACAGAUGCUUACUCCUGAAAUGGUACCACCAUCAGAGAGGACUACGCCAGUAUCAGAUAGCGCAAGUUCUGUCGGCUCAGGAGAUUUUACUGGAAUCAAAGAACUGGAUGCAAUUAGCAAUGAAAUCAGUGAACUACAAAGAGAGAAAUAUGUACUGGAACAGGACAUCCGAGAGAAAGAAGAGGCCAUCCGACAGAAAACAAAUGAAGUCCAGGAACUACAAAAUGAUCUGGACAGAGAGAACAAUAGCCUGCAGGAGCUGGAAUCCCAGAAGCAGGCUGCCCAGGACAGGCUGGAUGAAAUGGACCAACAAAAGGCCAAGCUUGAGGACAUGCUCAGUGACAUCCGGCAGAAGUGUCAGGAAGAGAACCAGACGAUUUCAUCACUGAAGACACAGAUUGCAAAUCAGGAGUCAGACAUGCAAUCCCAGGAAGAGGAGCUGAACAAAGCCAAGACAGAGCUAAAUAAACUACAGCAAGAGGAAUCACAAUUGGAACAGAGCAUUGAGGCUGGCAAGGUACAACUUGAGACGAUCAUCAAGUCACUAAAAUCUACUCAGGAUGAAAUUAACCAGGCAAGAAAUAAACUUUCCCAAUUACAAGACUCACAGCAGGAAGUUAGUAAAAACAUUGACCAGUACAGCAAUGCGUUGAACGGCUCAUUAACUGAUCACGGUGGGAGCAUGACUAACCUGGCAGACAUGAGUGAUGGCCUCGCAGAGAGAGACAGCGGCUUUGCAACAAUGGAUGAUCCCUUCAGAGGCAAAGCAUCACCGUUCAAUAAUAAUGUUCAAGAAUUGCACACAGACCCAUUUCAGUCAGAAGAUCCUUUCAAGACAGAUCCAUUCAAAGGAGCUGAUCCAUUCAAAGAUAGUGAUCCAUUCCAAAAUGACCCUUUUGCCCAACAACAGGCAGCUGCUGCAACAGAUCCAUUUGGUGCCGAUCCAUUUAAAGAAAGUGAUCCCUUCCAUAAUGUAUCAUCUGAUGAGUUCUUCAAGAAACCGCCAAAGAGUGAUCCUUUCACAUCUUCAUCCACUGACCCUUUCAGCAGAGAGCCCACCGUGCCACCUAAAGCUGACCCCUUUGGAAGUAGUGAUCCAUUUGCACCGGCUGCAACCAAAGGCCCAGAUCCAUUUGGAACAUUGGAUCCUUUUGGAAGUAGUGCCUUUGGAAGUGGAGGUUUUGCAGACUUCACCCAAAUGUCCAAGCCCUCAAAUCCAGAUCCUUUUGGUACUACUGGCUCGGGACAGUUUGGAGGGCAUGGAUUCACUGAUGACCCUUUUCAAAGUAAACAGGAUACACCAGCACUGCCCCCAAAGAAAAGUGUACCCCCACGACCUAAAGCACCCCCUAGUGGUAAAAGUACCCCUGUAAACAGGCCUGGCUCGGCCGACUCUGUCAAGUCCCUCGAUACUUUCCAGCCCUUUGGCGCUGAUGACGGUGACCCGUUUCAAAGUAAAAAGGGGCUCGGUGACCCAUUCAGCGGUAAAGAUCCCUUCACGCCUACUUCCUCAAGUAAAACUUCUAAAGACUCUUCUUUGGGUUUUGCAGACUUCAGCUCUUUUGGUAAUGAAGAGCAGCAGCUGGAAUGGGCAAAAAGGGAGAGUGAAAGAGCAGAACGUGAGAGAUUGGAAAGGUUGCGAAGGCAAGAACAAGAGGACCUAGAGCUUGCAAUAGCACUCAGCAAAGCAGAAAUGUCUAAUGUGUAAAUAAUGUCCUGGUCCACUUAAUCAAAGGAAUGUGAACUGUCAAAAUGAAAGGCGGAAGAAAUGGAAAGGAAAGAGAAAAUGAGCAGACACUGGGUAUUCUGAAUGCACUGGACAGUAACUGGCUCCAACGUCCCCUUCCUCUCCUAGGGGCAGUUAAACAAUCACUUUGUGGACCAGUGGGAUCAUUUGCAUGGACUCGGUUGGGGGGCGCUGGAGGUGAUAUUACUUAAAGAAUACUCUUUGUAAUUAAAAAGGAGAGAGUACCUGUAAUAUUCUCAGUCAAUCAGCUAUUUCAGUUCUUGUGUUUAUACACAUGAAAGACUUGAAAGCUUUGUUACUGAUGCUAACAAAUUUAACUGCGGUAUUGAGAGAAGUAAAGCCAAACCCCUGCACCCUCUCUCUCAAAGGAAAAAUUACAUAAUAUAUAUAAAUUGCCCAGUUUGUUCUCCUCUUUGUGGUGCAAAAUGCCUUGUGGUGUUUCUGCAAAUUCUAAAUGUACAGUGUUCUGUUUUAUGUUUUAUAACAACCCACCCAUACCUCCCCAUAAAACAUGCCUUAGUGAUACUGCAAGACUGCAGUAAACUAAAACCCUGGACAGGAACCAUCCUGUUCAGUACAGCUUAUUAACCUGUAAAGACUUGUACAUUAUGUCAGUUAUAUUUGUCCAAUAGAAUGUUGUGUAACUUAAAAAUCUAUCAGAUUUUAACUCAUUGCACAUUGCUUUUCUUUAAUAUAAUAAAUGUGUGAAGACAUUCCUGUACAACUGGAGAAUGCAGCACGUUCCUGACAUUUCAGUACUUUUUGAUUGUAGCACAGUGGAAAUAUGUGUUCUUGUAGCCUCCGAUAAGAUUGUACAGACUCUUCCUGACAAACUGCACAUGCUGAUGUCAUAUGCCUGAAAUUUUGGUUUUGAGUCUUUUACAAGGAGGCAUGAGGAACUUGAGUGCAUGGAAGGUGGAAUAGUUUGCGGUGAACUGAAGUUAGAGACAAUUAAAUGGGAGAAAGUGUGGCAUUCCUUUUAAACUUUCUGCAUGAGUAGAAUGAAACUAAUUUCGGUCUUGUACUGUCUGUCUUUUAACAAGUGUUCUGAAUACAAUGCA